UCCUUCCAUGUAAAUUAAUGUGUGACCCCAAAUUAGGUAAUUAGAUUCAAAAGUAAAAGGCUGCACACAGCGUGUCACUGCGUUACUUACAUCUAGUUCUGGAAAUAGCAGUAGGUGGAAUAAUAACAUUAAUGGUUAACUCGGUGCUAUUAAGCCAUCUUUACAUAUGCGUUUUCCGUGCGAUGACUUUUACGGUAUCAGGUGUGACAUCUGUGGCCAAACCGCAUGUCAAAUGUUUAGGAAUGUUUAGAUAACAACAUCACGUGGUGCAGGUCUGAAUCGUAGACCCUUAUUUAAUAGAGCGGCCAUUCCCAUUCAUCCCACUCCACAGGAAUGUCCAGGUUGGCGGCCGCUCCCUCUUAAAAGUGCUGCCAUAAACGGUUUGGCACUGUCGCCAUGGAAAUCAGUUUGGGGACAGCCUUAUCGGAUUGCAUGGAGGCCGUGUGAGGAGUUUCCUGUCUAGCCAGUCCAGCUCUGUGUUGUGAAUCCUCUGCAGUCUGCAUCAGCGAAGUGUCUUGGCAUCACUUCUCGUCCUCCCUCCAGCGUCAUGUGAAAGGGGCUCAGCGGUGUUUUCCAUCGCCCCAGACUGGACCCUCUUCUGUCGGGCUCAUUCGUCAGUGCCCGACCUCCUCGCCCCGGUAGCCCCCCGGUAGUGUGGGUAGUGUCACCGUCUCCGCUGCCACCCCCCCUCCGGUUCAUCCAGCGCUCUUUGGCGUGCGGCGGAGCGGAGGAUGAGCGAGCAAGGGAAGGGCUCGGCAUCCGCCUCUACCUCGGCCCCGGCACCGGGGUCGGAUACUUACAAAGGCUGGCUCUUUAAAUGGACCAACUAUUUGAAAGGGUACCAGCGGCGGUGGUUUGUCCUCAGCAAUGGCCUGCUGUCAUAUUACAGAACACAGGCAGAGAUGGCCCACACGUGUCGCGGGACGAUAAACUUGGCCACCGCGCACAUCGACACGGAGGACUCCUGCAACAUUGUCCUGAGCAGCGGCGGGCGCACUUACCACCUGAAGGCCAGCACAGAAGUGGAGCGGCAGAGAUGGGUGACGGCGCUGGAGCUGGCCAAAGCCAAAGCCAUCCGCAUGAUGAACGAUCAGUCGGACGACUCAGGGGAUGAGGAGCCCACGUCCCAGUCGGACCGCAGCGAGAUUCAGGGCACCCUGAAGAUACUCGUCAGCAAGCUCGAUGACCUCAGCACGUGCAACGACCUGAUCGCCAAGCACGGGGCGGCGCUGCAGCGUUCCCUGAGUGAGCUCGAGGGCCUCAAAGUCCCCGUGGAGGGCGGCGAGAAGAUCAAGGCGGUCAACGAGCGAGCCACCCUCUUCCGCAUCACUUCCAAUGCUAUGAUCAAUGCUUGUCGAGACUUCUUGGACCUAGCUGAGACUCACAGCAGGAGAUGGCAGCGGGCUCUGCAGUAUGAGCGAGAGCAGCGUACCCACCUAGAGGAAACCAUAGAGCAGCUAGCGAAGCAACACAACAGCCUGGAGCGAGCGUGGAGAGAAGCACCCACGCUUGUUUCCAGUGCUCCCAGUGCCCCGACCACCAACAAGGGGAGCGUGAGGCCGCACAAAGAAGAGGCAAGUGAUGAAGAUGAGGAUACUGAGUACUUUGACGCCAUGGAGGAUUCCCCUGCGUUUAUCACAGUGACUGCCACUGAGAGCACACAGCACAGGCGAUCUCAGAGUAAUUUGAGCGGCGCGAGCGGAGGCCAGCCCAAUGACUGGAACCAGGACGACCAUAUGUCUCCGAGCUGUAACGAUGUGUCGGGAAAGGAGCUGCAGCCCCGCAGGCAGAGGCGGUCUCGCAUCCCAGACAAGCCCAACUACUCCCUCAAUUUGUGGAGCAUCAUGAAGAACUGCAUCGGCAAGGAGCUCUCUAAAAUCCCCAUGCCUGUGAACUUCAACGAGCCCCUGUCGAUGCUGCAGCGUCUCACCGAGGACCUGGAGUAUCACGAGCUCCUGGACAAGGCGGCGCGCUGCGAGUCCUCCCUGGAACAGAUGUGCCUGGUCGCCGCCUUCUCCAUAUCCUCCUACUCCACCACAGUCCACCGGACGGCCAAGCCAUUCAACCCCCUCUUGGGCGAAACCUACGAGCUCGAUCGCCUGGAGGAGUUCGGCUACCGCUCGCUGUGUGAGCAGGUGAGCCAUCACCCCCCUGCAGCUGCACAUCAUGUGAUUUCCCAAAGAGGCUGGACCUUGUGGCAGGAAAUCACCAUCGCCAGCAAGUUCCGUGGCAAAUAUCUCUCCAUAAUGCCCCUGGGUGCCAUUCACCUUCAGUUCCACUCCAGCGGGAACCACUACGUGUGGAGAAAGGUCACCUCCACAGUGCACAACAUCAUUGUGGGCAAGCUAUGGAUUGACCAGUCGGGCGACAUCGAGAUUGUGAAUCACAGGACUAAGGAGACCUGCCAACUCAAGUUCUCUCCUUACAGCUAUUUCUCCAGGGAUGUUCCACGGAAGGUGACAGGUGUGGUGGCAGAUAGUGGGGGCCAGGCGCACUACAUCCUCUCCGGUACAUGGGAUGAUAAAAUCGAGAGUUCCAAGAUCCUUCAGAGCAGCCGAGGAGGCAGCGGUUCAGAGGGCAAGCAGAAGACCGUCUAUCAGACUUUGUCCCCCAAACUGCUGUGGAAAAAAUACCCUCUCCCAGAAAAUGCAGAGAACAUGUACUACUUCUCCGCGCUGGCAUUGACCCUGAAUGAGCCGGAGGACGGAGUGGGACUGACAGACAGCCGUCUGAGGCCAGACCAGAAGCUGAUGGAGGACGGUCGAUGGGAUGAAGCCAACUCAGAAAAACAGAGGCUAGAGGAGAAGCAGAGAGCUGUGAGGAGGAGGCGGGAAGCCGAGGCCUCGGACGCUGUGGACGAAGGUAGAGAAUACGAAGGCUACCAGCCGUUGUGGUUUCACCAGAGGAGGGACUCGGUCACUGGAGAGACAAACUUUGUGUACAAGGGCGGCUACUGGGAGUCAAAGGAGAGACAGGACUGGAGCAUGUGUCCUGACAUCUUCUAACCCAGGAACUCAACUCGGAUCACACCAAACCUCAGACGACAGACAAGGAACUGCUCGGCCUCCGGUCCCUAAGCAGUGGAGCUGGCUGACGAGCCCGCUGUGGACGUUUGUCAUUGUGAGAAUGUGUGUGUUUUUCCACACUCUCGGAUUAAACGUACCUCCAAACGUACACUCGUUCUCUGACACUGUACUGAAACACCAGUGAGAUACUGUGCAGGUGUGAUAAAAAAUGGAAUUGUAACACCUGCACAGUCCCGAUGCUGCGGUGCUCCGUAAACUCUACCCACAAUGCACUUUCCUGUGUUCACCCCAUCGAAGAGGUUUAUUAGUCGGAGAAACAAACCGACGUCCAAUCAGCUCAUUGCAGACUUGCAAAGUCACAAGUCGAACAGUGUUGAAUACACACUUCAGUAUUUCAGUUGUUGCAAGUCUUCUAUCCCAUUCAACACAACUGAGAUUUAUUUAGGCUGAAAUUAGUUUUCAAUUGUUCAUAAUCGAGAUUAUUUCAAAUGCUCAUUAUUUGCCCCUAUAGGUUGCUUAAGAAAGAGGCGAAGAGGGAAGACAUGAAUGCAGCGUCUGUCUCUUCAGCCUUGUUAUCAACUACGGAGACCAAAAGUGUUAAACAUUAAAUAAAUUAAUAAAAAGAAUCAAUUACUACAGAAAGAUAUGUGGUAGGAAUGUUACGUCGUUAUAUCAAAUCGCAGGCUUUAUUCUAUUUCAGUAUUUUUGCAAAUUAUUUUACUAUUGAGCUCCACUAACAAGGUAGAGCCCACUAUAUAGCUGGUUUGGUCAGAAUGAGCUGAUCAUAGUAAUCAUUGCCAAGUAAAAAGAGAUUUAAGAAAAAAAUAUUUUUGACUCAAAAAUAGACAAGGGGAACGAAGUAAGUCCAGUGUUUGAUUGUCAAAAUAAGGAAAAUAUUAAAUAAGAUUAAUUGUAAUGUUUUGGAAUAUUUUCUCAAUUUCCCUCUGAAGUCUGUUCAGUCCUUUCAGAGAUAAUAUCGCUACUUAUCCAUUUCAUAUUUUGAAUGUGAAUUGCCUCUAGAUCUUCUCAUUCUCCAUUUGUGACUCUGAUUAGCCAGGUAGUAGAUAAACCCUUAGUCGUAACACAUUAGUGCACCGGCAGUGGUACAACAUUAAACUAUACUUCAACACAUUCAUAUCACUUCAAUAAGGAUCUCCUUUAAAGACGUAAGCACUUUUCACUGUGGUUGACUAGAGGUUAGUACAUAUCUCUGUGUUGAUAUUGAGAACAUUUCACAACUUUACCUUGUCCUCUGGUGCUCUCCUACACACACCGUAUCCUUGGUGACAUCCCGCAUGGUAUCCAUUCUGACGAACAUCACUCUCAAUGAUCUUAAAAGAGUAUUAAGUCUGCACCUAAUCACUGAGACAGUCAGCACUUACCACCCGGGAACAUGUUGGUUUCUAUAGUAAACAUUAGCUCCACAGCCUCUAGUAGUCACUAGUUUGUAGCUCAGACAUUUCCAGUGAGAUUUCCGUAUUUGAGACUGGAGCGGAUUCUCGAAGGAGCCCAGAGUGGCCUCAGCUGACGGGAGGGUAUAGAAGCAGACGGGGCUGGUUCCUGUAGCACUCCACUGUGCGGUCAGCUGUAGCCGCAGAGCCACGGUGUCCCCCCCGCUGACGCUCCAGCCUCACCACAACUCAUUCACUGUUUGUGGACAUGCUGAUCUGGGAUCAGCUCACAAAGGUACCCUGAGUCUUUUUGCCUUUAACUGACUGAAUAAGGGAACGAGUCCCCUGACCUGUGCACUACAAGUCUACGGCGAUAAGAGUUUUGAAAUCCUGUUAGUAUUUUUUUGUAAUUAUUGUUAGGAAUGUAGAAUUCGUGGCUGGAGGUAUUGUAACUACCAUCUAGUCUAUUUGUGUGAAUAUUUUGUGAUAAAACAAUGAUAUUGUAAAAUGGAGAAUAAUUAUACUAAUCUGAAUAUUAAGUUAUCUGUACUGAGAAAAAAAAAAAGCUGAAUGAAACUGAAGGAUUUGCUGUAAUUUUAGUUUUGAAUCCAGACUGAUUCUGCAAAGAUGGACUGAGUUUCCCGCUAUUUGGCCAAAAGCUGUCUUAACACACAGAAAAUCAGUUUUUAUAACGAUCCUUAUUGUUACACAUUAAUAGCUGUGGUGUAGUUGUUUCUUCUGCAGGCCAAAUGAAAACUGCCCUGGAGAAAAGACCCAUCGCAGAACUAUUCUGUGCCGACUACUUGGCAGAUAGCGAUUUUCAGUGUGAUAAUAUGAGCUCUUGAAAUGUGAGAUUCUCUGUCGGGGAAUUGAUUAUUUGAUAAUGAAAUGAAUGAUGAUUUUUAUUUUAAUUUUUGCACCAAAAGCUGCUUCUUUGCUCAUUUACAUAUAAAGUUUUAAUACAUUUUUUUUUGUGGUGGCCAUGAGUGCAGUUUAAUCAGUCACUGAAUAUCUUUAAAGGAAUAAUUCACUACUUUAUGAAAUAGAAUUGUUUUGUUUGCCUGUGUUAGAUGAGAAGAUGGAUACCUCUCUUGUGACUGUAAAUAUGAGCUGCAGCUUCGCUUAAGUUUAGCUUAGCACAGAGACUGAAUUUGAGUCUGACUCUGUCUAACAAUCUGCCUGCCACCAAUUAAAACAUAUCUGUGUAAUCCUCAGGAAGUCAGAGGCGGUCUCGCCCAUGACGACCUGAUAAAACCACAUCUUGCUGUUUCUGCACUUUAGGGUUUUGAUCUGAAAGCAGGAAAUUAACAAUUAGGUGCCUGCUGUCAGGCAAGUUUAGCUCGUCUUUGGUCUUUUAAUGCUAAGAUAAGCUAGUCUGCUGCUGGGUUUGCUCUACGUUGAACACACAGUAUGAGAGUUUUGGUUUGCAAAAAGACUAAAUCAGAUUUCCCAAAAUGUUAAACUAUUCCUUUAAUCUUGCUUUUCUGCUUUGGUUCUUAUCUUGUUCACCUGCUUGGCACAGACUUCACAGACUCACAGGUACAUAGGUGUUGACAGCAGUCGUGUACACUUUUAAUCAUAUCAAGAGUGUCACACGUGAGGAUGGACACUAUCGAAGUUUCAUCUUGACAACUGUUAAUUCAGAAUGGUGAAUGGUGAACGGCGGAGAAGAAAAGCUGAUCUGUGAUUUCCUUAUUCUCAGUGAUCAAUGUGAGGCUCACUAGAGGUUUACUUUAAUAUACUGCGUUUGAGAUGAUUUUAUAUUUGAGAAUACAUAUUAUAUUUUGAAUGAUAACAGAGAGCUCAUCGUAUGUUUUGAUUAAUAUAUUUCCAAAUAACGUGACCUCAGCACUUGAUGGUGACUACUGAAGUUGCCCCCUUUACGGGCCUGUAACAGUACCGGACAGCCGUAGCAAUAACGCAGCGAGGAGUAGAUCUGUUGGUUCGUGGCUGUUGUUGCUUCAAACAAAGCGGCUAUCUGCCUCAUGCAGAAAGGGAUACAAAAGCAACCAAAGUGUAAAUGGAGAGUUUACUGUAUACUAGAAUAAAACCUCUUCAUCUGCCUUCCCUAAUCUCAGAGGGUUCUAAUGUUACCCCUCUUCUCGUUGUUUGUCUCAUAACUCUUAAGUCAUGAUGGUGUGAUUCUUAGCUUUAAUUUUUACGCUUUUGUUUUCUGUUCUGAUUUCUUCCUUCUCAUGGGUGCCAUUAUUCUUAAAUUGGUGUUUUCAUAUUGUUUAUAUGCAUACCGAGCUUGAUUUUUAUGUGGGUGAGGCACACACGUCUGUCUCAUUUGAUUCUGCUUAGCUCUGAGGAAGAAGUAAAUUAUUGAAGGUGACGGGGUGGGAUAUUUUUUUGCCUUGUCUAAACUGAACCCUGCUUCUCUUUGGACUGUUGGACUGUGACUCCUAGCUUUGUAGUGAGAGGUUGAUGACAUUAAUAAUCUUUAUGAUGUUAGAAGUUAUGAGACACAACACAGCAGCGGCCUGGUACAGGAGGUAAAGGUGACUGACUUGCCUUGACUACUACUCUUACUUCCCAAAUACACAGAAGUGCACACAGAUGUAACUGUGGAUUCAACUGAGGUUUUCUUCUUCUUCUUUUUUUUAUUGUGUUCUCCUUUUAAUAUACUUGUAUAACACUGUCUUUAAACAACAAAGACACAAUGAUGAAAAAAGAGGAUAAUAAAGUUGUUAUUGUUGACACUG